AUGGAGGAACCAGUAAGGGAGUUCACUACGAAACUUACUGUCAAAAUUGAUGAACCAGGAAUGAGUAAAAUCAGGAGUUUUAGAUUUACCUUCAACAGAGAGGGUGGUUUGGGAAGAAUGAGGAGAAGUAGGCUCAGGCUCAUGUUUAGGAAAUGUAGUUUGAGGAAAAUCUCAAUACACGGAUUCAGAGAUAUGGUGGAUUUCAAAACGAUCCCACCACUUAACAGAGAACUGUUGAGAAAAAAUCUGGGUUUCCCAAUUGACAUUGUAAGACCAUUUCAUAAUCCAGGGAAUCUUAUAGCGAGUAAAGAAAAGUUGAGGAAUUGA